UUGACCAUGCAUCUUCUCGUCCUUAUUGUCGCUCAUGGCAUCGCUUUUACCCCCAGCAACGGUAAUCCUAAAAUGGCUAAAGGCCUACGUUUUAUUGGUGUUGGGUAUGAUAUCUUGAGGGGAAAUCCAGACGGUGAUCCAUCAAAAGGUGGAAUUGACCCAGAGCUGAAAACUACUAGAAAAAUACUGAAACUGACGUGGAAUGACGGAAAGCUCUCCGUUAAUAAGAAGUACAAGGUGCCGGAUCAGAUUGUUUUCGCCGAUCGUGACUCCUUUGCUAGUAAGACCGUGCAAGAUGUUUUUUCUGGAACUAGAUCCUACCAAGACAAACUCAAGACUUCUGUAAAUGUCGACGGUGGUGUGAACGUUGCAUUAUGGAAACUUGCAUUCAGCCUCAAUACAAUGUAUCAGAAGGUUUCUUACCAAACAUUCCAUGUAAAAAAUGUCUUUUAUGAGGAGAAAACUGUACAAAACCUUGGAAGAGCACGUUAUCAACUGGACCUUGUAAAAUGGAAAGGUUUUUCCGUCACCAGUGAAUUUGCUGCUGCUGUCUGUAGCUUACCACAAACAUAUAACCAGAGGACUUAUCGCAGAUUCAUAAAAAAUUGGGGAACGCAUAUUGUCAGCGAGGUGGAACUUGGAACCAAGAAGAUUGAACGUUACAGGAGUUCAUAUACUGAUUUCUUCAAGUAUGCCUUGAAAAAUGUGAAAACCGCAGUGUCUGUAACUGGUCGGUUCUUAUGGUAUAGUAGCUCUCUUUCCGUUAACUUUAAAAGAUUCAAAGCGUCCAUGAAAACUGGCACCUCAUUUGGAAGUGAAAAAGUUGUGUUUCGGUGUGGUACACGUAAAAUCCCUGAACCCAUUGGAUUGAAAUUGGUAUCCAUUGACCGUGUGUUUGACGACAGCUUCUUCAAGGCAUUCAAUAAGCAAUACCAAUGUAAGAAAUUGGCUCAACUGAGGGCGCACGUGAAAAAGAUUUUGAAAGAAUACCCAAGCUUGGAAGGAGCUAGAACGAGUCCGCGAGAUCCCACAGUCCGCAUUCCUCUAACAUGGCCACUGGGUACCUAUGGAUUCCCUAUGGCAAAUUCAGGAUGUCCAAACGGAGGUUUUUGGCGUACGGGCUGGCGAUACCACGAGACCGAAGAUAACAACCCAAGCAGCUAUUGGUCAAACCCUUACGAUUUGGCUGGACACAUCCACAAAAGUAACAUGGUACAAAAAUUCUGUAUCAAGACUAAAUCUCGAACAUCCAGAUAUGAUAUGCCAUGGCCUGAAGGAAAGUACUGCAUCUUCAAAAAAGAAAUUUGCCCCGCAGAUUUCGAGGAGGCACACAUUCGUUGGGACGAUGAAGAUCACAAGAACAACAACAAAGACGGUGGCACGCUUCCAGAAGGCAGUUACGGCCGUAACACUUAUAUCGAAUACUGUUGCCGAACGGAUGGAGAUGCCACUGAAGCUAUUCGCCUCCCAACUGGCUCCCCGUUUGUGCUAAUUAAGGGUAACACCCACCUCUGUCAGAAAGUGGAUGGAAUGGUAGAAAAAUCACAGUACUUUUACUGGGACACCGAAGAUAAAGAUCCGCAGUCCAGAAUCCAUGGACCGAUCAAUGCUGAGUUGAUUUCAAACCGCAAUAUAAAAGUUCACUACUGUUAUUACACCUAACCCAAUACCAGGCCCCACGCGCAGCCGCAGACGGAACUAAUGCUUCAAGAACAUUCGAAGCGAACAUGAAAAAUUAAGGGAAAGUAACUUGUAAACCAGUGUUAGUAAGCGCUUUAGAAACCAGAAGUUAAUUUAACAUGGUGUUAGGUCCUACUGA